AUGGUUUUUGUUUUUGAAUUUCAGGGUACGGAAGAGACAAGAUGUAUUCGUAUGGAAGUCACACCUGAUAUUGAUUUGACAGGUCUUUUAAACAUGAAGAAUCUUAGAUGCCUCAUUGUGAAUUAUGCUACUGUGGGUAGCAGUUAUUCUGACUAUGUUAGGGAUAAUCAUAAAGUUUGCAAAUACCUCCCGAAUGCAAUACGGUAUCUGUGUUGGAGGCGUUACCCUCAUAGGCGUUUACCCAAAAUAUCUGGUGCAAAUAAUCUUGUCACACUUGAAAUUUCUGAUAGCAAAAUUGAACAACUUUGGGAAGGGGGAAUGGAUAUGAGAAAACUAAAAUACCUUGUAUUGCAUAAUACAUAUUGUCUGAGGACCUGUGACCUUGGGCUGUUUCCGAAUCUUGAGAGCUUAUAUCUUCUAGGAUGUCGGAAGUUGGUGGAACUUCGUGCUCCCACUGGAUGUCUAAAACGGCUUGUUUACUUAAGUAUAUGUCGGUGUAAAAGAUUAAGAUCUCUUUCAUUUAUCAAGCAUUUAGAGCCACUUCAGUUUCUUAAACUAACUGGACGAAAUCAUAAGGAGUUCCCAGAUAUAAUUCCGGCGGACUCCAACAGUAGUUUGCGAGGUCUUCAUAUCUAUGGGAGUGAGAUAGCUGAACUGCCCUCAUCAAUUGAAAACCUCUUUAAGCUUGUUUAUCUAAAUCUGGAACAUUGCGGAAAUCUCAAGAGUCUUCCAAGAAGCUUUUGUAGCUUACAACGUUUCAAAGUUAUUAGGCUUGACUAUUGUGACAUAGAGGAAUUGCCUGGGGACCUUGGCAAGUUGGAACAUUUAGAGGAGUUAUCUUUAAAACGUUGUACACUUGUUAAACAUCUUCCUGAUAGCAUUUGUAAGUUGAAAAAUCUGAAAACUCUCACUCUUCAUAGUUCUAACUUUCUUGAGAAGUUACCUGAUGAUCUUGGCCAGUUAGAAUCUUUGGAGGUAUUAGAUCUUGCGAAAUGCCGGGGGUUAAGAGAUAUUCCGAGGAGCAUUUGUAUCAUGAAACAUCUGAAAUCUAUCAUUCUUGAAGGUUGUCAAGCCCUUGAAAAGUUACCCGAGGAUGUUGGCCAAUUAGAAUCUUUGGAGAAAUUAGAUCUGUCUUAUUGCAAGUGUUUGAGAGAUCUCCCGAGUAGCAUUUGUAAGUUGAAACAUCUCACAUCUAUUAUUCUUCAAGGUUGUGUUGGUCUUGAAAAGUUACCCGACGACCUUGGCAAGUUAGAAUCUUUGGAAGUAUUAAAUCUUACAGAUUGCAAUAAGAUAAGAGAUAUUCCUGGUAGCAUUUGUAAGUUGAAGCAUCUCAAAACGUUGAACUUACAGUGGUGUGAGAAGAUUGACAAUCUGCCCGAGGAACUAGGAGAUUUAGAAUGUUUAAAAGAGUUGAAUAUUGACUACACAAGCAUAAGCCAACUUCCCCGAAACAUCUCAUUGUUAGGCCAUCUUCAACGCAAGCGUGAAAGACUGACUGAAAGCUCUUUCGUGUCGGCGGCUGGCAUGAAACCCAUUGGAGGUCCAGCGCGAAAGCUCGAAAUCAAGGGGUUAGUCAUGGCGGGUCAAAAUGAAAGGCGAUUUAUUAUAAUUAUUUUUCUCUCGAUGCGCUUCUGCAUGAUCUUUUUAUGUAUGUUUAUAUGUGUACUUAUAUAUGCUUUGAUCUACCAAUAUUCAUUAUAUAUCUUUUAA